AUCAAGCAAAUGGCCUCGAAUUAAAAAACAAUUCUUUAAAAAAAGCUUCCUUUAAAAAAUGAAUAAAUUGUAGUGACGACAAUGAAGGAUAUUGUACUCUUGUUUUUAUUGAUUUAUUUGUAUUUUUUGUCUGUAACACGUGAAACUUAUUAAAUCUCGGACAGUAUUUUUUUGUUUUGUUAUUUAUAGAAUCCGAGGCCUGGUAACAAUGAAAUCAUAAAAAAUGGGAUUAAAAAAAAGAAAGAAAGAAGAAAUGAUCAUAUCCUGUUUACAUGAUUAUAAUGAUAAUACACCAGAGUUCUGCCUCCACUCACACAAAAACAACCCACUCUUUAAUACCCCUCCAUAUGCCAGGACCACCUUUGGCCCCGACUCUCCUUCUGACGUCAGACUGAGGGUGGGGGUGAGGACAGGGGGUAUAAAAACCCACCCUUGCGCGUGAUGAGCGAAAGAAGACGCAGAAGACACGCGGGGCAGAAGAGACUCGUAAAGGAUUAGGAUCAGGAGUAUUAUUAUUGCUCCCAGCCCUGUCCGGGGUCGAGGUUUUGUAGUCGAAGUGGGAAUUCAUUUUGAAACCUUUUUUUUCUCUCUUUUGGAUUUAAUCUAUUUUUGGUUUUUGGAUUGUCGGGUUUCUUCUGCAUCCCGGAUGCGAGCACCUGCGCGUAAUUGGAAAAGUUUUGGCCAUGGCGCGUCUCCAUCUCAGUUUCCUCCUGCUGGCACUGUCUGUCCUGCUACCUCUGGUUGCCUCUUCGGGUUUGUUUGAGUUGAAGGUGCACUCUUUCAGCACCACGCGCCGCUUCUGCAGGAGAACCCGCGACUGCAACAUCUUUUUCCGCAUCUGCCUCAAGCACUCUGAGGACGUGAUCUCCGCCGAACCUCCCUGCACCUUCGGCACCGGCCAGACCGGAGUGAUGCGGGCCGAGCCGGGAGCCAUCUCCAGCAGCGCCGCCAUCCGCGUGCCCUUCCACUUCAAGUGGCCGGGAACGUUCUCUCUGGUUAUCGAAGCCUGGAACGCAGAGUCCCCGAAAGAGCACGCUGACCACACAGAGAACCAGAACAACCUGAUCAGCCGUUUGGCAACACGGCGGCGUCUAGCCAUCGGAGAAGACUGGUCUCAGGAUGUGCACUUUGGUGAGCAGAGCGAACUUCGCUACUCGUACCACGUGUUCUGCGACGAGUUCUACUAUGGAGACGCGUGUUCAGAUUACUGCCGGCCCCGCGACGACACGCUCGGCCACUACACGUGCGAUGAGAACGGCAGCAAACAGUGUCUGGAUGGCUGGCAGGGGGAAUACUGCUCUGAUCCCAUCUGCUCGGCGGACUGCAGCGAUCGUCACGGUUACUGUGAGGCCCCUGGAGAGUGUAAGUGUCGUCUGGGGUGGCAGGGCCCGUCCUGCAGCGAGUGUGUGCGCCACCCUGGCUGUCUCCACGGCACCUGCACACAGCCCUGGCAGUGUGUGUGUAAGGAAGGCUGGGGGGGGCUCUUCUGCAACCAGGACCUGAAUUACUGCACCAACCACAGGCCUUGCGCUAACGGAGCAACCUGCACCAACACGGGCCAGGGCAGCUACACCUGCACCUGCAGACCAGGGUAUGGAGGCACCGACUGCGAGCUCGAGAUCAAUGAGUGCGACUGCAAUCCCUGUAAGAACGGCGGUAGCUGCAAUGAUCUGGAGAACGAUUACUCGUGCACAUGCCCUCAAGGCUUCUAUGGGAAGAACUGUGAAAUCAUAGCAAUGACGUGUGCAGACGACCCGUGCUUUAACGGAGGAACGUGUGAGGAACGUUUCACUGGAGGCUACGUGUGUCGCUGCCCUCCAGCCUACACCGGCUCUAACUGUGAGAAGAAACUGGACCGGUGCAGUCACAAACCCUGCGCCAAUGGUGGUGAGUGUGUGGACGUGGGCUCAGGGGUACUGUGUCGGUGUCGUCCGGGAUACGCCGGGCCACACUGCACCGUCAACGUGGACGAUUGUGCACGCUCUCCGUGUCAGAACUCAGGCACGUGUGUGGAUGGUGUGAACGACUUCACAUGCUCGUGUACACUCGGAUUCACAGGGAAGAACUGCAGCGUCCGCGCUGACGCCUGCCUCUCGCACGCCUGCCUGAAUGGCGGGACCUGCUACACACACUUCUCGGGCCCAGUGUGCCAGUGCGUGCCUGGAUUCAUGGGACCCGGAUGUGAGUUCCCGGUGCUGGAUAGAUCCGGUCUGGAGAGGGCGGCAUCGCGGAGUUCCCGAGGCUCCUCCCCUUCUACGGUGGCGGCGCUGUGCGUGCUGGGCGUCUUGGCAGCCUGCCUGGGUGUGUGUGUCGCCGUGGUGUUCCUCCGGCGCAGGCGGCAGCGUAUGCGCAGGCAGCAGCUCUGUGACUCCGUCUUCAACGACCUCGAAACUGUCAACAAUCUCGACCGCCAGCACUACCCGUACGAACACGAGUUCCUGUCCAGAGGCUGCGGUCAGGUAAAACCGAGCAACACCGAAGCCAGGCUCAGCUCGCUGGCACCCGGGCACACACUUCCUGCUGGGCGGGACUUCCUGUGGAGUGCCGGAGGGGUGGGGAUGAGAUGAGAUGUUACACAGGCACAUAGAUUCAGGAAAACAGGUUUUAAACCCACCCACACACACACCUACACACACCCACACAAACGGAGUGAUUAAUGACACAGAUAUAAGCACUUCUUUUCCAUAUUUUUUUUAAAAGUGAAAAAUCAAAAACACACAACAGUAACAUGUUGUACGGGACUUUUUCCGAUGGACCGACGGAGUUUCGCCUCCGAAAACCAAAAAAGAGAGAAACCUUCAGGUACUUUGAAGCGUCAGAUUUGGUCUAGAUAGCGAUUACUGCAGAAUUCAACAGUAGGGCAUUUUCUAGAUCCACUGUGAAUUAAAUUCUGUAUGAUGAAAACAGAUUUACAAUAUACAGUAUAUGUAGGCAACAAAACGAAAGGGCACAAACGAUUUCUCUUGGAUUGGAUUGUUUUUUAGAGGCAUUACGUUAGGUUUGGAUAAAUCCUGACUAACUGCUAGAAAUCCAAUGCCUGUUUUUUUACGGCAAAGAAAGAAUUAGUCGAAAAUCAUUCCUGAUUUGAAUGAUCUUUCCAACGUUAUGGUGAAUGUUCUUUACAUUUUUUACACCUAUUUUUCUUAUCUAUGAUACUGAUAUUCAUGUAAACAACCAGUUGUCUGGGUUAGCUAGAGAACUUCAUUCUUUGAUACUUCAGGUUAUCGGGCUAAUUGUAAAUUCUCGCGUUUAUAUAUAUAUUUAUGUGUAACCUCGGUAGAUUUUGAACUGGGGAGAGUUCGAAUCUGCAUUUUUUCCGCCGACCUUCGAUUGUAGCGAAGUCCCAAAUAACGGAUAAAAGUUCUCUCAGACGCCUCUUUACAUCCUGUCCGGAUGUUUUGUCGUACUUGUAUGAUCUGCAAAAAGAAGAAUCGGAGUGUAUUAGAUCUGUACUUUCGUUGUUACAGAGUCAGAAAUAUAUUUAUAAAUAUUUUUCCUAAACCAAAACGGGCGUUUUUUUCGUUUCGCCCCACAGUCGUAUCGCUGUGUAGCAGUGAGAUAUUUUCCUGCUCGUAAGUGGGAAAGUUGUCGUUUUUUUAAUAAGUGCUUUCUGAAUGUGAUGUUUCUGACUCCUGAUUUUUUAUUAUUAUUUUAUUUCCGUGGCCAUUUCACUUUUCAUGACUUAAAAAAAAACCCUGAGUUGAUGCCUGCUUUAAGUUUUGCAUUUUUGUACUUUUAAUUUCAAUCAUUGUUCAUGUAAAAAUUAUGUUAAUUUAUUUUGUAUGUCUAUUUGUUUGUGACGUUAAUAAAACAUUUUUGAGUAA